AUGGAAACACCACCAGCUGCGAACCUGAGGAACAAAACUAGACGUGCCCUCGACGACCUCAACGGAGCGACGAAAAUGGCACCGGAGCCUCCAGUGAAGACGAAGCGGAACAGCCCUUAUCUACCGACGCCCCUCGAAACCCUCAUACUAGCCGCUUUCCCCGUCAUCCUCUUCUUUGGAACGCUGUUCUCACUGCUGUCUCCCGAUGUCCGCUCCUCUCAAUACGACCCCUCGACCCAGGCCCAUUCUCAAGACACAGCGCCCUCCUACUUCGCGCGCAAGUCGAACCUGUUCAACGUCCUCUUUGUGAAGAGAGGCUGGUUCUGGGUCACCGCCGCCUUCUUCGCUUUCAUCCUGACCCACCCCGCAACUGUCCAUGCUACCCGCCGCCUGCAAGCUACCCUACGCUGGGGCCUGGUUACGACCUGGUGGUUCUUCGUGACGCAGUGGUUCUUCGGCCCGGCCAUCAUCGAUCGAGGUUUCCGCUGGACGGGAGGAAAAUGCGAGCUGAUUGAGGAGAAGGUCGAGAUUGGCGAGGGAGACGCUAAGGAGGUAUUCUCUGCGAUUGCGUGCAAAGCGGCCGGCGGACGCUGGCGCGGCGGCCACGACAUCUCUGGUCAUGUCUUCCUGCUGGUCCUCGGCUGCGGCUUCUUGCUCUCUGAGGUCGGCUGGGUUGUCAUGCGGUGGAGAGGCGCACGAAGGGAGGAACGCAGUAUCGUCAUGACGGACGGCGCAACAAAGACGGCCACUGUGGAGGCUCAGGGAUUGCAGGGAGAGCCCGUUCCUGGUGACGCACUGGGAUUCGGAGGCAAGUUUGCCGUCGCCGUCAUUGGGCUGAGUGGUUGGAUGCUGCUAAUGACGGCCAUUUACUUUCACACCUGGUUUGAGAAGGUUACUGGCCUUCUAACGGCUCUUUCGGCGCUUUACGCUGUCUAUAUUCUUCCCCGGUUUGUUCCGGCAAUACGCCAGGUGGUUGGCCUGCCUGGAAUUUAA